AUGUCUAUUACAAAAGAAGUAAAAAUCGAUUUCAUAUUAAUACUAAAUGCAGUUCCUCACAGAGAAAAUCACUUGAAGAAUUUAGAUUCAAUGAAAGCAUAGAACCAAACAAAGUUAAUAUCAGUUCCAUUUUUCCCAUUUGAUGGCAACACUAUUUUUAUUGAAACAGAAGGUGAUGAGCAAUAUAUUGAAAAAUUUGUCAAGCAAGAUCCUUACAUUAAGAACAAUCUAGUUAACAAAUACGAGAUUAAUGAGUUUGAUAUGACAUCACAUAAGAGAUUUGAUAGAAUCAGCACUGAAUUUUUAAUGCGCAGUUGA